AUGUGGCUGCGGAUAAGGUUUGGGGAUUUGUUGACCAGUUGGAAAACGGAGCAUCGGCUGAUGACCAGAAGGACUCGCGCCCUUCAGGAGGACUGUGACAACGCGAGCGAACAUUUUGCUAAAGAAUUGGUGGUGUACGAGAAGAGACUUAGGGAAGUCGGGGUUGGCCUAAUUAGGGCUCGGAAUGCUCAACCGUUGCAGGAAAAGGUCGUGGAUCGUUAUCUAAGAAGACAACGACUGAAAUUGCAUGAGUUGUCGGCGCAACGUCUUCGGUUGCUGAAGGUUCUGAGGGCCCUCAAGCAAGCCGAGGACUAUUGGAAAACUUUUUCUGUAAUUGAUCCGUCUAAGCCAAAAGAAAGAUCCAUUAUGGUAUAUGAAAAGCUCUUGGCUAUGAAGCAGCAUCGAGCGGAAAAAUUAGAAGAUCGUAAAUCGGAAAUCCAGGCCCUGGAUGAAAAGUGCCGCGGCAUAGCGGUGGCCUUGGCCCAUGUGCGAGAAAAAGCCCAUGCCGUCAAAUAUGAUGUCCUGUACAGUACUGAAAUGCUGCAAGGAUAUGAGGAAGACGCUGCCUGGAUCCGCUUAUUAACAAACAGUAGCAAGAUGGCACGUGAUCGUUUAAAAAGAGAAAUUGAGAAGAAUAAAAUGCAGUGCGGUUUGAUGCUGCGUCCGGAUUUGCUGAAGGACAUGAUGAAGAUUGUUGAGAAAGUGGAGGAACGAAAAAUCGAGCUAGAAAAGCAGAAAGAAUUGCAUCAGAAAGAGCACGAGCAAUUGAUCUGGAGAAAUCACAAUGGCUUCGAUGUUUAUGAAGCACCAACAGCAGAUUGGGGCAAUUGGGCAGUUAAUUCAGUCGCUAAAACACUGAGAUGGUCUUUUAACACAAUUAGAUCAUCUUUAUUUAACCCACCAAUUGAAGAAGAUACUAUUUAUAUCGUUUUAGAAAAUGCAAGGAAAAAUGGUGAUGAACUUCUAAGAAAGCUGAAAGCUUAUCGAAAUCCAAUCUUUAAUAAAGGAUUGAUAUCACUGCAAACAGCGCAGGAUUGUGGUAGGCAAAUGAAAUUAUCAGAAGAAGGAACAUUAAUAGCUUUGCAUCAACUUUAUGUAUUAAAAAAAAUUUAUAUAAAGACAAUAUCUGAUAAAAUUAAUUCUAAUUCAAAGUGUGACACCAUCAUCAAACUUCCAGAUGGUUCUGGAGUGUGUAGUGAUAUAACUCCUGUAGAUAUAGGUAUAUAUACAUUACAACAGAAUGAAAAAUAUUUAAUGGACUCGAUUAAUAAUUUGGAAGAACAAAAAGAAUUAUUAAGGCUUGAAGCGAAAAAGUAUUUAGAAACUAAGAAAAACAAUAUGGCAAAGAAUUGUUUGAAACGUAAACGCCAAUUAGAUGCUUCUAUUGAAAAAAGGAUGCAAACACUUGAUAAUAUACAAGGUUUAUUAACCAGAAUACAAGAUUCACAAUCGGACGGUCAAAUUUUCGAUAGCUAUCAAAGUGGACUGGCAGCUUUAAAAGACACAAUGAAGGAAUUAAAACUCAACUCAGACUUUGUUCAAGAUACUAUGGUUAAUCUGCAAGACACUCUUGAGGAGUGUGAUGAGAUCCAAUCCGACAUGUCUAAUUUGAAAGUAGACGAUACUGAUAUUGGAGAACUUGAAAACGAGUUAGAAGAUUUAUUAAAAGAAACAAACCAGAAAAACCAGAAGUUAAAGAGAUUGCAGCUGAUAAAAAACCUAUGAUAUAUCCUAAACUUGAAGACAAUUUGGAUGAUGAUGCUUUGAAUGAUAUGCUUUCAAAGUUGCCAAAGAUACCUGAAAAAUUGUCACCAAAAAAACAAGAAAUUGAACAAAAGAUAUCGAAUUAAAAGUUAAUUUGGGAAUUUUAAACAAGUGCCUUUAUUUUGCUCAAACUGUGAUUAUAUAAGAAAAUUUUAUACUCUUAGGAAUUACUUUUGUGUAUCUUCAUCUACUAUCCAAUGAAUAUGACUGUCUCUGGUUUAGACGGUAAAUCUGGUGGAUCAAUGAAGUGUUUUGGUGAUAUAUACAUAUCUAUUGGAUAUUCUAAUGGAAAUUGUGCUCGCAGACCUACUUCUUCUGCAAAUAAUUGUUUUUUUUAAUCAUUAUUGAUAUUUAAUCUUAAUUAUAUGGA